AUGCCCGGUGAAAACAACAAAAGAAGCAUUUCUGGUCCAGAGGAAUGGCGCUGGCAUGCCCAGCUUCUCAAGAAAAUAGGCAUGCGCACUUGGCAUUGCAGUGGCUCUCUUUUGACUCCUCAAUGGGUGCUUACUGCUGCCCACUGUACAGGCGUCAAUCCUGGAGAUCUGGAAAUAUCACUUGGGAAACACCAUCGUUACGUUGAAAGCUGCGAAGAGCAGAGGCACUGUGUCGACCUGAUCGUCAGACAUCUCAACUUCACCCGCAAACCGCUCAAUUAUGACUUUGCGUUGUUAAAGCUGAAGUAUCCCGUAGCCUUAAACGAUCACGUGGGAACUGUCUGCUUGCCCAAAUCCACCACGAGAUUGCCGGUCGGCACAAUCCUUUGGGAAACUGGCUGGGGCAGGACUGAGAUCAAUGGCCUUUCGUCGAAUGUGCUAAAAGAAGUCCACGUUGAAGUCGCGUCACAGCCGGAAAUUCAAAGAGAAGCAGCGUUUUACACCAACUCUACAUCGUGGGGCGAAGGAAACUGUUUCGGGGACUCUGGUGGCCCUGUGGUUCGCGAGGAAGGUGGAAGGUGGUACCUAGAGGGGAUUCACAGUUAUGGAAAGGAUGCCUGUACAAAAAAAGUAAACCGAUUCUAUCUCCAGGCUGAUGUGCGAGUCGUUCUUCAGUGGAUGAAAGACACCAUUGCAAACACUGGGUAG